UUAAACAAACCAACCGCGUUUUAACUUUGUGUGACUUAACCAGCACUUACGGCCAAGUUCAAACUCCGGGGUCAGUACCGAGCCUGAAGCCUGGACUCCCUUCAUGUCUGAGCAGCUCGGAUCGGGAGUUGGGAUCUCUAAACAUCUCUUGUCCGAGAGGGAAACACGGAGAGGGAGACGUGAGAGCAAGGACGUGAGCGGAAGGGAGACUGGACAUGUUUCCGCUGCUGGAGAGCGACGUUUAGACUGUUGUGAAAGGAGACUGAACCAAGCGCUGUAGAGAGCCUGGUUUGUUAUCUCCGCUUCUUUAUCUUUCGCUUUUGGGAUUGAGUGGAAGUCCUUGUUUUUGACGCUUAGAGUAAUGAGGAAACGCUAAAUGCAAAUGAGGUUGGUGACUCUGUGCUUUUAUUCGUCUACAGAGACUUGAAAAGCCGCUAUUCCCACAUUGCACAGCAGCUCGUUGUAUUUGGUUCACUGAAAUGUGAAACACUAGUGAAGUCGGUACAUGAGAAACAGCUCCAUCCAGCUGGUUCGUUAAUCUGCGUUGUAAACCUUUCACGCCCUUUGGAUUGCAUGUGGAGAGAAAGAAACUUUUUAAGAAUGAAGAGGAGAAAAUUCACGUAGCACGUCUCUGUUUUCUGCUUACAUCGUCGCUGUGUGCCGAAGUGGAUCCCUGUUGUUAUUUUUUGCCGUUUCCCAACCUUCAUGUUGAGGAGACAGGGGAGCUGACAUGCGCCUGGACGUGAGGAUAUAGUGCGCUGACCUACUGCGAAUAAUAGAAAGUUGUGAAAUUGCCUUAUUUGCGAGCUGAUAUAGUGGAUGAUUAAGAUACCCAGAGCCGGUGGGAAAUCAACCGUAGUGCCUGCUUGUGCGCCGUGAAACAACGCUCGCACUGAGCCAGUUCGAGAACUAGGUUAUUUUGCGAGGAGAGUCUUCGGAGCAGAUAUGGAGGAGUGGAGACAAUGCGGACGGUGGUUGAUAGACUGCAAGGUCCUGCCCCCGAACCACCGGGUUGUGUGGCCCUCGUCGGCCGUCUUCGACUUGGCACAGGCUCUGCGAGAUGGGGUACUGUUGUGCCAGAUGUUGCACAACCUCUCCCCUGGAUCAGUGGACCUCAAGGAGAUCAAUUUCAGACCCCAGAUGUCACAGUUCCUGUGUUUGAAGAACAUCCGGACAUUUCUGAAGGUGUGUCAUGACAAGUUCGGCCUCCGUAACAGUGAACUGUUUGACCCUUUCGACCUUUUUGAUGUCAGAGACUUUGGCAAGGUGAUCUCCGCUCUGUCGAGGAUCUCCCACCACAGCAUUGCACAAAUCAAAGGCAUCAGGCCUUUUCCUUCAGAGGACACUGCACUGAAUGAGGAUGAUGUGUACCGGAGCCUGGAGGAGUUGGCAGAUGAGCAUGACUUGGGUGAGGAUGACAUCUAUGACUGUGUGCCAUGCGAGGACGAUGGGGAUGAUAUCUAUGAGGACAUCAUUAAGGUGGAAGUACGACAACCCAUGAAAAUGGGAAUGACAGAAGAUGACAAGAGAAACUGCUGCUUAGUGGAGAUCCAAGAAACUGAAGCCAAGUACUACAAGACUUUGGAGGACAUUGAGAAGAAUUACAUGAUCCCGCUGAGGCAAGUCUUGAGUCCACAGGACAUGGAGGCUAUCUUUGUGAACCUGGAGGAUGUGAUCAAAGUCCACUUUGCCCUCCUGCGAGCCAUUGAACUGAAUGUGGUCAGUGGGGGAAGUGGCCUGGGGAAGAUUUUCCUGGACUUCAAGGAAAGGUUGUUGAUCUAUGGUCAGUACUGCAGCCACAUGGAGAACGCCCAGAAGAAACUGGAUGAGCUAAUAGCCACACGGGAGGAUGUCAGGAUUAAAGUAGAGGAAUGUACAAUGAAAGUGCAGGAAGGGAAGUUCAAGCUGCAAGAUCUUUUGGUAGUUCCCAUGCAGAGGGUGCUGAAGUAUCACCUGCUGCUAAAGGAACUUUUGAGUCACUCCACUGACCGACCUGAGAGACAGCAACUGAAGGAGGCUCUGGAGGCUAUGCAGGACCUGGCCAUGUACAUCAAUGAAGUCAAGAGAGACAACGAGACACUGAAAAAAAUCAGCGAAUUCCAAAGUUCAAUAGAAAACCUUCAGCAGGUGAAGCUGGAGGAGUAUGGGAGGCCAAAGAUAGAUGGAGAGCUGAAGGUGUGCUCCAUAGUCAACCGAACCAAACAGGACCGGUAUAUAUUCCUCUUUGAUAAAGUGGUCAUUGUCUGCAAGAGGAAAGGAUAUAGCUAUGAGCUCAAAGAGAUUAUUGAGCUGCAAUAUUAUAAAAUGUCGGAUGACCCGAUGAACAACAGAGACAUGAAAAAGUCCAGUGGAAAAAUGUGGUCUUAUGGUUUCUACCUGAUCCACCUGCAAGGGAAGCAGGGCUUCCAGUUCUUUUGUAAAACUGAGGAAACUAAGAGAAAGUGGAUGGAGCAAUUUGAUAUGGCCAUGUCCAACAUCAAGCCAGAGAGAGCCACAGCCAACCAGCACAACUUUCAAAUGCACACAUUUGAUAAGAACACCAACUGUCGAGCCUGCAAGAUGCUCUUGAGGGGCAUAUUCUAUCAGGGCUACUACUGCUCUCGCUGUGGAACAGGAGCUCACAAAGAAUGUCUAGAAGUGAUCACCAUCUGUAAAAUAAAUCCUCUUGACUUGGAGCCUGGAAUGUCACCGGGUCCUAAGAUGGUGGCAGUAAAGAACUACCACGGCACACCAGUGCCUCCAGGGAAGACACCCCUCUGUUUCCAAACGGGAGAUUUUAUCGAGCUGCUGAAGGGAGACCCGGAUAUCACAUGGUGGGAGGGAAAGCUUAUGCAAACACAAAAGAGCGGCUUUUUCCCCAGUUCGUAUGUAAAGCCUUGUUUGGACCCAAAGCCCUUCCAGUCAAUCCGGCAACCCUCGAGAGAGACAGAGUACUAUGGAUAUCCUUGGUUUGCAGGAAACAUGGAGCGGCAGCAGGCAGACAACCUUUUAAAAUCCCACUGCAGUGGGACCUACCUUAUCAGAGAGAGGACAGCUGAGGCGGAGAGGUUCGCCAUCAGCAUCAAAUUUAAUGAUGAAGUAAAGCACAUAAAAGUCGUCGAAAAAGACAGCUGGAUUCACAUCACCGAGGCGAAGAAGUUCGAGAGUCUGUUGGAGCUUGUGGAGUACUAUCAGUUGCAUUCGCUGAAAGAAAGCUUCAAGUUGUUAGAUACCACGCUGAGAUACCCCUACAAGUCGAGAGAACGCUCGCUUACACGGGCCAACACGCGCUCGCCAGCAGCCACCUGUGCAUCCUACAACUUCUCCUUCCUCAGUCCGCAGGGCCUCAACUUCUCCUCCUCUCAGAGCUCAGCCCCCUUUUGGUCAGUGUUUACACCUCGAGUGGUCAGCACAGCAGUGGCCAGGUAUAACUUUGCAGCGCGAGACAUGAGAGAGCUGUCACUGCGAGAAGGCGACAUUGUCAAAAUCUACAGCAAGAUCGGAGGAGACCAGGGCUGGUGGAAAGGAGAAGCCAAUGGAAGAAUUGGAUGGUUUCCUUCAACUUAUGUGGAUGAAGAAGGAGUGCAGUAAGGCUUGGAUGUUGCUGGUCUGGCUCAGGAACCAUCUUCUUGUCUACUGUUCUCAGAGAAAAUUACUCAGUCUCUCCAGGAAAACAACACAAGGAAAAAAAAAAAAAAAACUUUUUUGUUUAUUUUGUUUUUUUGCUGGAUGCUCAUUUUUCAGCGAGCGUUUCUACUCUCUUUAUCUUCACUUAUGCAUCAGCUUUUGUCUUUUGCUGGAUGUCCUGUUUAAUUUCUGUACAGGCAGGGAAAAAAAAAGAAGGAAAAAAAAAAAGGCUUGCUGUCUGUCAGCCUCCGUGUGCUCUGCAGAGACUUUACUGAACUGAGGACACGACAAAAACUGACUGCUGAUAGCUUUACUUUGAGGAAAAAAAAGAAAAGGCUCCUCUUUUUUUUUGCAGGUCUAUGCGAGGUGAAAUUGUACAUAUAGAUAAUUUAUUGAAUAGAGAUUAUUAUGAUUACUAAUGAUUAUUGUGGGGAGUUGAUUUUAAGCAAAGAAUAAGAUCUGAAAAACUAAAACGAGAAAAAAAAAAAGAUGCUGUGUUUUUUAUGUUGAGAGAUUUUGCCUUAGUUGUCAUGGUGAUGCCUUGUGGGUUGACACCAGUGGAGGGAAUCGACUUUGUUGACUGAUUUACUUCUCCAUGUAUGCAUGUGCUCAUAUGUGGCCCACAUAAACACACACACACACACACACACACACACACACAGACCAAUGUACAGUAUGGUGCCUUUGAAGAAUGGGUGUUGCUUACUGAACCUCAGCUUCAGCCAGUAAAGAACAUUGCCAUGCUCAAAAAUACUUGAGCCCCCUGAAAACAAGAUGGCAAGGCAUUUAACUCCUGAGUGGCAACUGGAUGAACUCACUGGAUUUUUUUUUUUUUUUUUUUAUAGCCAACGACAUCACACAUGGUCUUCAAAUCAGUCUUCAGUCAGCUGGAUGUGAAAAGGGAAACGUCAAAACUUUCAACUGGGCAGCGAAGUCACGUGAUCUCAGUGUUUUUCAUGUGAUUCAUGCUUCUGUUUUAACUGGACCAACUCUCUUUUUAAUUAUUUAAAGCCAAAUUCAGCUGUAUUUCAAUGUGUGCGUAGGGUUUAAUUGAUUUAUGAUUUUUCUACCUUGCCUUACUUUUUUUGUUUUGUUUUUUUAAACAGAUGAUCAGGUGAUGGGAUUGCAUUCCCCUUAAUUUUAAUUUUCAUGUGUGAAAAUUAUUUUUGUGCUGUGCAGACUGAUAAAUUUAAACAGUGUUGGAAGAUAUUUAAUCUGAAGAAAAACUGUGUGUGCUAUAGACAUGAAUCCAGAGAAGAAGUACUUAAUCACUUUGUGAUUUUCUAGGGCUGCGGUGCUUAGUGUUUCCAUUUAUUUCCUGAUAUUUUAUUGGUGCCAUACACACUUAACAGAUUCAUAGUUAUUUACACCAUGGUGUGCUGACAUUAGUUUCUCUGUUGACAGUAUAAAUGUUCCAGGCAGCUUUCUAGUUCUACACAUAGUAAUAUUUUUUAUCGACCUUGUCAACUCAGCUUUCUUUGAAAGGGGAGUUCAGUUUUUACAGUCUACUGACUUAGUCUGGUAUAUGACCUUACUUUCAGUCUUCUCAUUUUCCACAAAUUACCAUGCUGGUAUACAAGCAUUCAAAAGGUGCCCCUAACACUCAAAGACAGUGCAUAUAUGGCUGACCUUUCCUCCAGGGUGGUGCACUUGUGCACAUCUGGAUCGCUCCCAGUGCUGCUGGUAUUUUUAGUUUCAUCCUCGCAACUUCGUCUUCUGCAGUUUCACCGUGGCUCUCGAACUUGUGCGGAAAGCAGACAUCCAAUUUUGCGUCCAACUAUCCCAACUUCCAUGUCAAAGGUCAUCACAUCACAGUGAAGAGUUGGUGGUUUUCAAGGCCACGGGCAUCGCAGCAGUUCAGAAAUCCAUCCAGACACAUGCUUUCCUGACAUCAUGGGGCUGUGCUCUCUUAAGCUGAAUGGCUGCCAUGUUGACACAAUGUAGGAGACCUAAUGUGCAGCGUGCCUGGAGUAGAAGGGGGACAGAACAGGACCUGCACGGGGUGAUUUAAAAAUAGCAGCAGCAGUAGAUGAGGUCUAGAAGCACAAAAGAAGAUAAUCUCUUUUUCUUUUUAAAGGGCUGAUUCCUUAUGAAACCUUAUGAUCACAUUUGGUAUUGUACUGAUUCAGAACAAACAGAUUUAAAAAAAAAA